AUGCCUGCUAUAAGGUCGACGCCACAGCCACAGUUAUGGGUAUGCCAAUUGGAGAAGUGGGACAAGGUGUUGUGCUGCAAUGUGUUGUGCGACAAGACGUUCGUUCGUAAGGCCGAUUUUGCUCGCCACCAGAAUGUGCAUACCAAGAUCAAACCACACAUCUGCGGCGUGUGUCACAAGGGAUUUGCCCAAAAGUCGGGCCUCACCACCCAUCACAACAUACACACCAAGCGCAGGCCUUACGUGUGUAACAUUGGGACCUGUAAGAAGGCGUUCAGUGAUCCCUCGUCAUGCAGUCGCCAUCGAAAGGAAACUCAUACCGACAGCGCGUAUCAGUGUCCGCGAUGUUCUACGAGAAUAAAACGGAGAGGUGCUUUUACCAAACACAUAGUCACCUGCAAGAAAAACACCCAUCUUUCCGCAAAAGACACCCGUCUUUCCACAGAAGAGUUGAUAGCCAUGGCCUCGUCGCAUAAAAACGAAUCUCAAGAAUCCAACUUCCAUUUUAUGCCUCCCCAGGUAGCCGACGCUCCUUACUGUCCCCCAUCAGAAACAUCACUUCCAGGCGUUACUGAAAAAGACCCAGCGCACUGGCCCCCUGCUCCGAGGCCGACGAGUAACUACCAGAUGUCUGUUCCCGAAUAUGGCGGAGCCUCCGGUGUGGCUGACGGCAUGUAUGCCUAUAGUUGGCCAUCUGAACUUGGCACUGGACGAUCCAUUUCUCCGUUCAUACCUGCGCCAUUGGCGUCUACGUGUCCCCCUCCUCCUACGCAUAUUGACGAUUUCAUUUUCGACGCCGGAUACAACGGUCACUUACAACCUAAUGACAUGUUCUCUCCCUCUCCAUAUGCAUCGGUGUCGCCGUCUUUACCCCCUCUUCUCGACGGCUUCACAGACUGUUUCGGGUCUCGCAUGCGAUCGAUGUCCUCUUCACCAGCAACUUGUUCUAAUUCUGCACUGGGUGAUCAUUUGGAUUAUAGUCUCUUGGACCACAAUGUACCGAACCCAUACCUUUUGUUCAACAACAUUUGA